AUUUGUUACGAGAGUGAUCGAACCGGUUCAAAACCCUUCUCGCUUCGCCAUGGCUUCUCGCUUUGCCCGAUCCCGCCUCCUUCCUUUUCCGGUGAAGCGUCGGAGCGAGUGUAGAGCCCUCAACGUCCCAACUGCCCCUGCCAAGGAGCCCCUCGCCUCCUCUGACGUCCUCUUCAGCGACCAACCACCUCCCUCGUUUUCUUCCUCUACUCAGCCGCCGCCGCCGCCAACAUCUUCCGUCGCUGCACGUCGGUCCUGGGGCAUCCUCAAGUUUGGAUCAUUUGCAGCUCUCACUGCCGCCUUCGGAACCACCGCCUAUGCCAGUUAUGCAUAUUCUCUGGAAGAAUUGGAGCAGAAGGCAAAUACAUUGCGGGAGAAGGCAAAAGGUUUAGGAGGAGAUGAUGAGUCCAGUUUCCAAAAAUAUAACAAUUUGGUCUACUCCACAGCCAUGAAAGUUCCUGUUAAAGCACUGGAUCUCUAUCUGGAUCUUAGGAGGGCAAUUGAAGAUCAAGUUCAGGAAUUUACUGAACCUUCAUCAGAGAAAUUGCUUCCUGAUUUGCAUCCUCAAGAACAGCAUGUUUUCACUCUUGUUCUGGAUCUUAAUGAGACUCUCGUGUACCCUGACUGGAAGCGUGAUAGAGGCUGGAGAACAUUUAAAAGGCCUGGUGUUGAUGCUUUCUUGGAACAUCUUGGAAAACUGUAUGAAAUUGUUGUGUACUCAGAUCAACAGAAUGUGUUUGUUGAUCCUGUCAUAGAAAGGUUGGAUCAGAAAGGAUAUAUUCGUUAUAGGCUAUCCAGAGCUGCAACAAAAUAUGUGGAUGGAAAACAUUAUCGUGAUCUAGCAAAGCUGAACAGAGAUCCAUCGCGUGUAAUUUAUGUCAGUGGUCAUGCUCUUGAAUCCUCCCUUCAGCCUGAAAAUAGUGUGCCUAUCAAACCCUGGAAGCUAGAAAAUGAUGACACUGUACUUCUAGACCUUAUUCCAUUUCUUGAAUAUGUAGCCGUCCACAGACCAGCUGAUAUUAGACAAGUACUGGCAUCAUUUCAAGGUCAUGAUAUAGCCAGUGAAUUUAUUGAACGUUCAAAGGAAUAUCAGAGGAAAAUGCAAGAACAGAAACAGCACGGCCGUCUCUGGAGGCGUUAGAGAUGUGAAGCAAUUGGAACGUAGUCUUCCAAAUACGCAUGUUCUUAUUAUGAGUUCCUCUUAGAUUGCCAUGGAACAUGUCGUCGGUUGGAAGAUGUGGAAAUUCAUUUCAUUUAUCCUCAUUUUGAGAGUUUUUGGAGCUGAUGAUUAAUGUCGUACAAUAAAUUCGCUUGGCGUUUGUUCGACCGUAGAACUUAGUUCUUGCAUUGCCACCUUCUCUGUUAGCUGCGGCUACUGAGGAGGGAUAAAAAUGAUCCAUGUUUCUCAAAUUCGAAGUUUAUGCAUGAAGAGCUAAAGAAAUUGCAUUAGUCUCUAUAAUUAAUCUUUUCCUUGAUAAGUAUU